AUGGUCCGUCAAUUAAAAUAUCAUGAAAAGAAACUGCUCAAGAAAGUAGAUUUUCUUCAGUGGAAGAAAGAAGAUAAUUUUCAUGCAACAAAGGUUAUACGUCGCUAUCAUAUACAAAAACCUGAAGACUACCACAAGUAUAAUAAACUUUGUGGUGAAAUAAAUAAAUUAGCGAAUCGAAUUUCACUUUUAGAUUCACGUGAUCCUUUUCGGGUUAAACAAGAGACAGCAUUAUUGGAAAAAUUAUAUGGGAUGGGAUUAAUUACGGCGAAAAAACAAUUUAGUCAGGUGGAUGGAAUUACGGUGUCUGCUUUUUGUCGACGACGUUUACCAAUUGUCAUGUGCCGAUUAAAAAUGUCAGAGACGGUUAAAGAAGCAGUUACAUUAAUUGAACAAGGACAUGUGAGAGUGGGACCAGAAACAAUCACAGAUCCAGCGUUUUUAGUCACUAGGUAA